AUGCUCAAGAAAUUUUUCGGCAGUGUAGCCGAUAACAAGAAAGAUCUCGAACACUUUGCGAUGAAAGAACUGAAUGAUGAUUUUCCUCCUGGUGCUUCAUCGUCUCCCACAAGCAUGCCGAAUACAGAAUCUCCAACAAACAGCACCAACAAUAAUGUAAAACCAUUCAACAACAUAAUUAAUAAUAAUAAUAAUAACAACAAAACUUCGUCUCCUUUUUCACCUAGAACAACAACAAAUUUUCCCUCACAACAACAACAACUUCAUCAACUCCCACCCACCAUUUCUACUAGCACUGCCAAGUCCUAUGCAAGCACUCCGACGACUGCCACAACACCCAGUGAUCUUCAACGAAGGAUUUCUCUUGCACUCACUUCAUCUCAACAACAGAAGGAAUCACCGACUGCUGCUCAUAUUUUGCUCACGGAAAGAGGAGCUUCUAUGCUUCACCUUUCUGCUCAUCAUCAUAGAAAUUCAUCAUUGUCAAGUUUGUUGGAUAGUAAUGGUAAUUUAUUAGAAACCCUUUCUGCAGCAGACGAUGAAGUUAAUGGGAUGAACAACAAUGAAAGCCUCACCAACAAUCCAACAACUAACACGGGUAGUGGUAAUUUGAAAUUACCAGAACUGGUUGGUAUUGCUCCAGGUAGUCCCGAUUUGUUAGAGGCUUUUGUGGCAGCCGAGAGUGAUAGCGAUGAUGAGGAAGCAAUGACGCCAAGAGGUACAUUCAAUGGAGGAGCCUCCAAGAAUGGCAGUAAUAAUGAACAACAACAAUCACAAGACGACAACGGUAUCAACACUCCAGUGCUCAAAGUAGAUCGAACAGACACUUCCGAGCAAAAUUCAUCAGCACAACAAACUCUAUCAACAAACUCUCUUUCGGGAUUAACAAUAGGUUCCAGACAUUCAUCCAAGGAUGCACUGGCCUCUGUAAGCACUCCCAUGAGUGCCCGAAGUUUGGCCUCCAUGUUAGAUCAAUUCAUGGAUGAUCACUUGGCUUCUCCAAAUACCUCAAGUUUUAUGAUGGUUGAGAGUGGAGAACGAAGAUUGAGCUUGGAUGAGACACAAACAAGUUCAUCAUCUAAAAUUGAUAUUGAGCCAGUUCCAAGAGCAUCUUUGGAUAACAGUUCUACCGGAGUUUCUAAAAACAACGGCCAUUUCCCAAAAAUUCAUGGCUCUGCAUACCUUCAAAAUGAAGAGGUAUCUACCUCGUCACCUUUAUUAACAAACACUAGUGGAUCUGUAACUCCAUCUCUCCAAACACCAGUACCUCUAAAACAUAAACGAACAAAGAGCGUAGAUUCUUCACAUCAACAAGAUACAUCAACAGUCGGAAAAGCUUCGCCUACAAUCACAAAAACAGCAACAACAGCGAAUCUUCAGAAUAUUGUUAAAACUCCAAACAAAUUUGCAGUUCCACAAAAUGAAACUCCAAUCUACAAAUCGUUCAAAUAUACAGAUGAAGAAGGAAAAGAAUAUCAUUAUCAAGGAACUGUUUUGCCAAGCACAAACGAAAUGCAUGGUAGGGGCGAAUUAUUGUUUCCUAAUAAGACCAUCUAUGAAGGAGAUUUUGACAAAGGAAAAAACAUGGAUUUGGAAAAUUAUUUUCCAUCCCCAAUUCCAAAGAAACCACCAACCAUCGCAAUCGGUCAAUGGAAUAAUGAUGUACCUUCAAGCGAAUUACCUUGGAAAAUUUCAUAUGAUGGAGAGGAAAUGGAAUAUUGGGGAUAUGUAAAAUUGAAACCAAAAGUGUUGGAAAAAUAA